CGAGCAAGGGAGACGGGGGAGACCUGGCUUUGUUCCCUGGAGCUGGUGUCUCAACGCCGAGUGGCGGUUUCUCAACGCCGUCGGCCACCCUGGCAGGAAACGCCCAGAACCACCCCAGCACCGUAAUCUACACAGCCCAGGGAGUCCGGAGGCGGGAGGGCUCUGGCGCGCUGGGGAGGCAGGAGGAUCCCCCCCGCUCUCAGGCUCACCCCGGCUCUCCCAUCGGGCCGCCUCCAGCCUCAUGAGGACCCCCAGGCCGGCGCUGGGAGCCUGGCGCAGCCCGGAUCGAAAUCUUGCCGCGGCCUUAGCGCGUUAGACAGGAUGCGGCUGGGCCGCAGGGCCCUCUGUGUGCUUGUUCUGCUGCUCGUCGGCGCCUCGCUGGGGCUCCUGUACGCCAGGACCCGGGAAACCUCGGACCUCCGGAUACCUCUUUCGCUGUGGGCGCCCCUGCAGGGUCCCCCCAGGCCAGAGCUGCCGGACCUCACCCCCGAGCCCCGCUAUGCCCACAUCCCCGUCAGGAUCAAGGAGCAAGUGGUGGGGCUGCUGUCUGGAAACAAUUGCAGUUGUGAGUCCAGCGCUGGUAGCCUUCACCUCCCCUUCCAGAGGCAGGUCCAAGCCACGGACUUCACCAAGGCCUUUGACCCUGAGGAGCUGAAGGCUGCCUCUGCCUCAAGGGAACAGGAGUUCCAGGCCUUCCUUUCAAGGAGCCAGUCUGCUGCUGACCAACUGCUCAUUGCCCCUGCCAACUGCCCCCUACAAUAUCCUGUGCAGGGUGUGGAGGUACAGCCCCUCAGGAGCAUCUUGGUGCCAGGGCUGAGCCUGCAGGCUGCUUCUGGUCAGGAAGUAUAUCAGGUGAACCUGACUGCCUCCUUGGGCACAUGGGACGUGGCAGGGGAAGUGACUGGAGUGACUCUCACGGGGGAGGGGCAGCCAAAUCUCACCCUCACCAGCUCAGGACUGGACCAACUCAAUCGGCAGCUGCAACUGGUCACUUAUAGCAGCCGAAGCUACCAGGCAAACACAGCAGACACAGUCCGGUUCUCCACCGAGGGACAUGAAGCGUCCUUCACCAUUCACAUAAGACAUCUCCCCAACCCUCGGCUGUACCCACCUGGCUCUCUACCACAGGGAGCCCAGUACAACAUUAGCGCUCUGGUCACCAUUGCCACCAAGACCUUCCUUCGUUAUAAUCGGCUGCGGGCACUCAUCGCCAGCAUCCGCCGCUUCUACCCGACCGUCACAGUGAUCAUCGCCGACGACAGCGACAAGCCAGAGAUCAUUAGCGGUCCCCACAUCGAGCACUAUCUCAUGCCUUUUGGGAAGGGCUGGUUCGCAGGCCGGAACCUGGCCGUGUCCCAAGUGACCACCAAGUACGUACUGUGGGUGGACGACGAUUUUAUCUUCACCGCUCGGACGCAGCUGGAGAGGCUUGUGGAUGUGUUGGAACGGACGCCGUUGGACCUGGUGGGGGGCGCUGUGCGCGAGAUCUCGGGCUUCGCCACCACCUACCGGCAGCUGUUGAGCGUGGAGCCGGGCGCGCCGGGCCGCGGGAACUGCCUCCGGCAAAGGCGUGGCUUUCACCACGAGCUCGUCGGCUUCCCGGGCUGCGUGGUCACCGACGGCGUGGUCAACUUCUUCCUGGCACGCACCGACAAAGUGCGAGAGGUCGGCUUCGACCCGCGCCUCAACCGCGUGGCGCACCUGGAAUUCUUCCUGGAUGGACUCGGUUCCCUUCGGGUGGGAUCCUGCUCAGACGUCGUAGUGGAUCACGCGUCCAAAUUGAAGCUGCCUUGGACAUCCAGGGAUCCUGGGACAGAGACUUAUGCCCGGUACCGUUACCCAGGAUCGCUGGACGGAAGUCACGUGGCCAAACACCGCCUGCUCUUCUUCAAACACCAACUGCAGUGCAUGACUGCGGAGUGACGGCCACUCGGGGCCUUUCAACUGUCAGGCUGGGCCUGCCUUCUUGUCCCUGCCAGAAAUUUCUAGCAAACCCCACUACCCCCAGCGACCACUCC